GUGCAUGUGUUUGUUUUGUAUUGUUUAUAAAAGAUCAAAUAAAAAUACAAUUAAAGAAAUAAAAAAUAUUGUCCCCAUGAUGUAACUGAGCCAAAGUCUCCCUCCACUUGAAGAAGUAUGAUGCAUAAUUCAGUUCUUAUGGUCAUUUUAACAAGUCUAUGGAAUGUUUCAAUGGAAUGCCACAAAUGUUGAUUUCAUUUGCAAUAAGUGUGUUCAACAUAAACAUAUGCCGUCAUCAACUUCCCUACUGUCAGCUUUCCUACACACUGGCCAGGUGACAUGUGCCGUGCCGUCAUGUCUCCUGAGGUUCAGGGUUAUGGCCUAAACAGAGCAUGGACAUCAUCAAAACAGUUACUAUAAUACAGCUAUCCUAUUUCUCAUUUAAAAAGCCUUUGGGUGACCAAAACAUCACACAUAAUAUAUUUUCCCGAUAAAAUUCAUAGAAUUUGAGAAAAUGUCCCUUUCUCUCAUAUCUAACUAUCAGGAAGGCUAAAGGACAGACCACAGCAACAUACAAUUAUGUCAUACAUUACAUCAUUUUGUGCUCACUUGUGUAUGUUUUCGUGCUUUUGUGUGCAGAGAGACUCCGGGGAGGGGAGUGGCUGUCAGUAACUCAGGGAUAAAUAUAGAGGCAGAGCUCAGGGUUUGGCAGAAGGCGGACCUGACAGGGUCACACACAGGACCAAGCAGGAGCAGAACCUCAGCAUUUUGACCCUUUAUUACAAAUGGAGGAACACAAGGAUGAUCAAUAUUGUUUUCAAGACAGAAACUCUUCUUGCAGAAAGGCUUUGCUAUCGACAUCUAUCUACAUAACACUGUACAUCUUCUUCUCAUUGAUUUCAGCAGUAACAGCAUUUUUGAACGUACUGGUGAUCAUCUCCAUCUCUCACUUCAAGCAGCUUCACACUCCAACCAACCUGCUCAUCCUCUCUCUGGCUGUGUCAGAUCUCCUGGUGGGACUGAUUGUGAUACCAGUAAUGAUUGUAGCAAUAAUUGAACCAUGCUGGAGUUUUGGGGAAUAUUUCUGUGCGUUUCUUCUCUACAUUAGUUGUUUGUGUACUUCUUUAUCUCUGGGCAGUUUGGUCUUGAUUUCUAUUGACCGCUAUGUUGCUGUGUGUGAUCCCUUAUUGUACCAGUCUAAAAUAACAAUAACAAGAAUCAUGUGUUGUAUAUCCAUUACCUGGUGGUGUUGUAUUAUAUACAAUGCUGCUAUUAUAAAAGACAUUGUAAAUGUACAGGUACCCAGUAGCUGUUUGAAUGAAUGUUAUACUGGUGAAGGAUAUAUGUGGGGCAAUAUAAUUGACUUCGUUAUUACAAUGGUUGUCCCGUGCUCUAUUAUUAUAACACUUUAUUUGAAAAUCUUUGUUGUGGCCAGAUCACAGGCCAGAAAGGUAUAUUCAAAACAGGCUGCCAGUGUGUCUGGUGUUAAAACUGUACAGGCAAAUAAGUCUGAGAGAAAAGCAGCAAAAACUCUAUCUAUUGUUGUUUUCACCUAUCUAAGUUGUUGGAUUCCAUUUCUAUUUUCUUUUUUGUUUCUUUCGUUCUUAAGUGACAAUUUAUUAUCAUUCAUCAUCAGCUUUCUGCCACUUUCUAAUUCCUUAAUUAAUCCAAUAAUUUAUGCUUUAUUUUAUCCAUGGUUCAAAGUGACAGCUAAACAUAUUUUAACUCUGAAGUUAAGGCGUUCAUAGUACCUAUAUUUUUAUUUCCCAGUUUGAAAAACAUAGUUAUGUUACACAAUUGUUCUUUCAUGUGACAAUACACUGACAAUACAGAGAUGAAUGUGGUGUUGAUACAGAAUGAUUUGUCUAGAUUGGACUGGAAUGACUUGGAAAAUGUAUAAGAAGCCAUCAGCUUGUUUUAUAAAAUACAUCGUAGUCAUUUUGGGUUGUACAUUCCAAAAACCAAUGUCCGUUGUUGUUCCAUGUUAUUUAAUGAUAAGUUGUAUAUAAGUAUUCUAAAAGUACAUUUUGAGAACGAGUCAUUAUGUAUGUUGUUUAACAUCCCCCUCUAGUGGCUCGAUUGUUACACAACACCUUUAACACGUGUACUGAAUUUUAUAUGUUCAAUACUGCAUGAUAUCAGAUAACGUCCAGGUCUAUCUCAAUGGCGUAUGUAAGUAGUUGAGGGUAAAAUGCACAAAUAUGCAAUUGUGUACCACUAUAAUGUUCAGUAAUAAACCAUUUGUAAGGCA